AUUUUUCAGGCCGUGGCUUCACUACCUGAAGAUAUGAGACCUGGUCCUGAUCUGUAUGGUUUCCCUUGGGAAAUGGUGAUUUGCGCUGGCGUUGUGGGAGCUUUUACAAUUCUCUUGUUCCUAUAUAGAAGCUAUCAAUCAGUUAGAAGUCGACUUUAUGUAGGAAGAGAAAAACAACUUGCCAAUAAAAUUGCUGAACUAGUUGAAGACAAAUGCAAAAUUCUUGAAACACUCAGCCUUUGCAAAAAAGAGUUUGAAGAUUUAGAAUUGUCCCUGAAGGAUGGUAAUGUUAUGAAAGAAUCAAGAGAGACAUCUUUUUUUGAGGAAAUGUAUGAAGAACUGAACAAGUCAAGACUGGAACUCAACCAAGAAAUAGAGAAUCUAGAAAAAGAACUGAAAGAAGAAAAAUCUAAGCAAUCAGAAAAUUAUAAGUUGGUGGCUGAAAUUCAGGAGAGAGUGGAGUCUUUAGAGAAUGAAAUAAAAUCUAUCCAGUCACAAAUUGAUGAGGCCAAGUCCACUCUAAAAGUAUAUCAGAUUAAUACAGAAAGACUCAAGACAUCCGUUCAAGAUGCAGUAGAUGAAAACUGCCAUCUCCAAGAAAGUGAGAAACAGCUUUUACAAGAAGCUGAAGGAUGGAGUGAACGAUUUAGUGAAGUAAACGAGCAAACGAAAAUGUUUGAGUCAUCUAAAGCAGAUUUAGAAGAAGUAUUGAAAAGUAAAGAGAGUCAAGUCAAGUCACUGACACAAUACUUACUGAAGAUGAAAGACUGGAGUUCAGCAAUAAGAGAAGAUGAUGACACUGAAGAUAAUCACUGGGACACGGAUAUAAAGGGUGAAACAGAGAAUGGAGAGCACUUAGAUGAUCAGCAAAAACGAACUGUGAAGAAAUUGAUAUAUGCUGCAAAGUUAAAUGCUUGUUUAAAGACCCUGGAAACAGAAAGAGAUCAAAUGUAUUCAAAACUGUCUGAUGAAAAUAAAGCUAAAGGAGAACUUACAGAACGUAUAGAAAACCUUCAAAGUCAACAAGCUUCCGUGCAGUCUGAAAAUGAGCAUUUGGAAAACGAAGUUCAAAAGCUUCAGCAGAAACUUAAAGUAAUGACUGAGCUUUAUCAAGAAAAUGAAAUGAAACUGCACAGGAAGCUGACAGUAGAAGAGAGAGAACGCCUACAGAAGGAAGAAAAGCUUUCUAAGGUAGAUGAAAAAAUUAAUCAUGCUGCUGAAGAGCUAAACAGCUACAGACAGCGAGCAAAAGACCUUGAAGAAGAGCUAGAAAGAACCAUUCGUUCUUACCAGAAUCAGAUUACUUCACAUGAGAAAAAAGCUCAUGAUAAUUGGCUGACAGCCCGAGCAGCUGAAAGACACCUCAAUGAUAUAAAAAAAGAAAAUGCACAUAACAGACAAAAAUUAACCGAAGCAGAAUUUAAACUUGACCUUUUAGAAGAAGAUGCUUAUGCUCUUGAUGUUCCAGUUAGACCAUUUGGCAGAGAGCAUUCCCCAUAUGGACCCUCACCAAUGGGCCGGCCUUCAUCUGAAACAAGAGCUUUUCUUUCCCCUCCAACUUUAUUGGAGGGUCCUUUAAGGCUUUCACCUAUGCUUCCAGGUGGAGGAGGAGGAAGAGGAUCCAGAGGACCAACAGCCAUGUAUGAAGCUGGUAACAAAAGAGGAGAGCUGAGUUCUGAUAGAUUAACUGAUCCCCACAGACCACCAUCAGAUACAGGAUCCCUGUCUCCUCCUUGGGACAGAGAACGCAGGAUAAUUCUGCAUCCACCAGGUGAGCCUUACACUGAUCCAGUUCUUCCUCCUCGAAGACAAGAAAGACUUUUCCCUAAUCCUCCAAAUACUGGAAGGCUUUCUGGACCAGCAGAACUACGAUCUUACAAUGCGCAGUCUUUUGAUAAAACAGAUGGACAAACAUCUUCAGAAAAUAGCCCACGAACAGAACCAAGUGGAAAUGGGAUGAAAGACCAUUCUAACCUUAGUAACUCACUACCUGAUCAGUCGCUGGCAUCUGAAAGUGAAGCCAUCAGUUCAGGUUUUGCUCCCCCACCUUUCCCUCCAGUCAGACCUCCGUUGAUGCCUGGGGAUCCUAGACCACCUUUCAUGAGACGAGGACCUCCUUUUCCUCCCCCUCCUCCUGCUGGCAUGUAUGGACCACGUGAAUGUUUUCCAGUACGAGACUUGGGGCUUCCACGCCCUCCACUGCCAAUAAGAAAUCCAUUUCCAAUGAGAUCUUAUCCUCACUAUCCACCUCAACGACCCGGACUUUUACCACCACCACCACCACCUCUUGAAAAUAGAGUUGAGCCACCUCAGUCAAAUCCAUCAGCUGUAGAACCACCAGAACCACAGCAGGAGACUUGACAGUCGUUUGAGCAACAUGCGGAGCCAUUUCUGUAGUGCUCUAAUGGCAUUUUUCCUUACAUUAAGUAACUGUUGUUACUUAGGUAUACAUAAACUACUUCGCUCAAAUUGAAGCUUAAUAGAAAUUUCUCAGGAUAGUACUUUGUAAAUAAAGAAUGAAAUAACUAUGAAUA